GCAACUAACUUUGGGACACUUACCCAAAAUGACAAGCCUGGUUGGAGCUGGGCCAAGAAUGAUGAGACCAGCUCCGGGACAGAACUACCCCAGGAGUGGAUUCCCACUGGAAGUGUCCACUCCUCUAGGCCAAGGUAGAGUGAACCAGCUGGGUGGAGUGUUCAUCAAUGGCAGGCCCCUGCCCAACCACAUCAGGCAUAAGAUAGUAGAGAUGGCCCACCAUGGCAUCCGCCCCUGUGUCAUCUCCCGCCAGCUCCGGGUGUCCCAUGGCUGCGUCUCCAAGAUCCUGUGCAGGUACCAGGAGACCGGCUCCAUCAGGCCAGGGGCCAUCGGGGGCAGCAAACCCAAGCAGGUGACCACUCCUGACGUGGAGAAGAAGAUCGAGGAGUACAAGAGGGACAACCCGGGUAUGUUCAGCUGGGAGAUCCGGGAUAAGCUGCUGAAGGACGGGCUGUGUGAUCGGAACGGCGUCCCGUCAGUCAGUUCCAUCAGCCGCAUUUUGAGGAGUAAAUUUGGAAAAGGAGAAGAGGAUGAUAUGGACCUGGAGAGGAAAGAACAGGAGGAACAAGAGAAGAUGACAAAACACAGUAUAGACGGGAUCCUGAGAGAGAGAGCUCCUUCAUCUCCCCAUUCUGAAGAAGGUUCUGACAUUGACUCUGAACCAGACCUCCCCUUGAAGAGGAAGCAGCGAAGAAGCAGGACCACAUUCACAGCCGAACAGCUGGAGGAACUAGAGAGAGCAUUUGAGAGAACUCAUUAUCCAGAUAUUUACACUCGGGAAGAACUUGCUCAGAGAGCCAAGCUAACCGAGGCCCGAGUUCAGGUGUGGUUUAGUAACCGCCGUGCCAGGUGGAGGAAGCAAGCAGGAGCCAAUCAGUUAAUGGCUUUUAAUCACCUGAUUCCAGGGGGUUUUCCACCUGCGGCCAUGUCAGCUCUGCCAACCUACCAAUUAUCAGAGACUUCCUACCAACCUACAUCCAUACCACAAGCUGUGUCUGAUCCAAGCAACACGGUUCACAGACCCCAACCUCUCCCUCCGAGCAGUGUUCACCAAAGCAGCCUUCCUUCCAACCCUGAGAACAGCUCGGCCUACUGCCUGCCCAGCGGCCGGCAUGGAUUUUCCAGUUACACAGACAGCUUUGUACCCCCAUCUGGGCCUUCCAACUCCAUGAACCCCAGCAUUGGCAAUGGCCUUUCACCUCAGGUAAUGGGUCUCCUUACUAAUCAUGGUGGAGUGCCUCACCAACCUCAGACUGACUAUGCCUUAUCACCAUUAACUGGAGGUCUUGAACCCAGCACUGCUGUGUCAGCAAGCUGCAGCCAGAGACUAGAACACAUGAAGACAUUGGAUAGUCUAUCGACAUCUCAGUCAUACUGCCCACCAACUUAUAGCACAUCAGGAUACAGCAUGGAGCCUGUAACGGGAUACCAAUAUAGCCAGUAUGGACAGAGUGCCUUUCAUUAUCUGAAGCCAGAUAUUGCGUAGAGUGACUUUCUUUCUGAUGGUGGUAGAACCGGAAGUUUGGACAAGGUGGAUAAUCUCACAGUUUAGCAGCACCAACUGGAGCUUGACUGCAAGACAAAUAAGUAGAUGAUAAUGACUUAUUUUAUGGAAGUGAAGAGGAUAAUGAGAAAUAUUAUAAUGCAGCAGGCUGUGUAGGACAUAAUUGGACAUCCCACCAUUCUCCUGGAAUGACUUAUCUAAAAAGAGGGCAACUGUUCCAAGCAUGGAAGCCACAACUGUACGACUCAACAGAGAUGUGCUUUGGAAGUCAAGCUUUUCCCAGGUUUCCACAAGAGGCUGAAUUCAAGCCCUUGAAAGAGCUGACGAAAACACAAGAAUUAAGGAGUUCAUGAAGAGAUUUUUUUUUUUUUUGUACCCUGGUUAGUAGCAAAGUGAUGAGACAGCUGUUAAGGAGAAACCUUUCUGUGAUAGCCACAGUCUCAUACAUGGCACAGGGCAGGGAAUACACAUGAUUUUGUGCCUCCUGGGCUUGGUCCUAGUGAAAUGCUCUCACUUUGCAGCUAGUUUUGACUGUACAGAUAACAUUCCAUGUUACAAAUACAAGCUUGAUCAUCUACUUGUUAUUUAGGGUUGACGUAAAUAGACACACAAUGUCUAAUGUUUAUUAAGACUUUACUAGGAUUAACACCCAGCAUUUAAGAACUGGCAAAUAUAUUUGGCGUAAGAAAUAAAUAACUAAGAGGAGAACGACAAGCGCCAAAUUCUGACUGAAAGACAUUGAUUUCAUGGCUGUCAAUCAACGUGCAAUAACAUACCUCACUUCGACUUCCCUUUCAUGUUUUGCAAAUACAACGGGAUUGUAUUUUUCUGCAAGUUUAUUCAUUUUUAAAGACAUUUCUGAACCCCGAUUUGAUGUUUUCUACAAGAAAGCCCCUCUUUCUAUUUUAUUAUACAGUUAAAAUUAAUUCCACCGUCUCGUCUGUCGUAUGUUUCUAGAAUCCAAUGGUAUGCCGCCUGUGGAUUUUUUUCUUUCCAAAUGUUUGAUCUGAAAACCCAGCAUGUCUUUGCAGGGAACUUUAGGCAAGGCAUGGCAGGGCUUGUAUUUGAACAUUAUUUAAGAAUCUAUAGGGGGCGUUCACCUGCUUUAAGUUAUUUUAACUGGUUUCUAUGAUUAUUUUAACUGGUAGCACUAGGCCAACCUCUGAUCUACAGCCAAUACUGGUCAUUGGGGUAAUUGAAAAUUGAGCUCAUUUUUUGUCUUAAGCCUGAAAAUAAAGAAUAUAAUUGAAUUUCAAGUUAUCUGCUCCCUUCAUACAAUGGAGGUAGCCAACAGAGAGCUGAACAAUGUUUCUAACUUAGCAGGGUAAUGAGAUGAUACCUGUCUUAUGCCUAGUGCAGGACAUGAUGCGACAGGGUCGGGGUAGUCAGAGAACACAAAAUAAACUACUUCUGUGUCAUGCUCCUCCUCCUGAGGCCCUGCAUUAGGCAUAGCACAAUGUAUCAGUUCUGCUUAGAUUGUUCCUUUGAGGGGCUACAUUUACAAAUGCAGGAUUAUUCAUAGUGAAAUUUCUUUUAAACAUAAUUUACAUAUUUCCCGUCUGAGAUGCAACAAGAGCCUAUUCUGACAUUCUACAGUAUACCGCAUUAGUCUGGAAUCAGUCACUGAAGCAUUUGUAUAUGACAGAUCAUCUGUCAUAAAAAAUGGAGUAGCCUAUGAACGGCUUUCAUUGCAAUAAAAAGGGUUACACAAUUGUCUUAUCCUGAAAAAAGUAUUAAAAAAAUGAUGUUAGGUGGUAAAAAUUUACAAACUUAUUUAUUUCUUCGUUUUCUUGACACAUGAAGCGAGGUAGAGCAAAAAAUACAUUCCUUUAAGAAUGAUGGGUAAUUCAUUAGGGAUCUAGCUAGGAUAAGGUUAGUGAUGAGAUCACACUUUCGUCUUAGAGGUGAUGGAAGAAGUUAAAUUUUAUCUGUGUGUAGUCGGCAUU